AGAAGAAUAAUUAUCUCAAGAUGGCGGACCGAGGCUACAGUUUUUCUCUCACCACAUUCAGUCCUUCGGGUAAACUCGUCCAGAUUGAAUAUGCUCUGGCAGCGGUGGCAGCAGGUGCGCCUUCAGUGGGCAUUAAAGCAACCAAUGGAGUUGUUCUGGCAACAGAGAAGAAACAGAAGUCCAUUCUUUAUGAUGAGCAGAGUGUGCACAAAGUGGAGCCUAUCACAAAACAUAUUGGCAUGGUCUACAGUGGCAUGGGGCCAGACUACAGAGUCCUUGUUCGACGAGCCCGCAAGUUGGCACAGCAGUACUUUCUGGUUUACCAGGAGCCAAUCCCCACAGGACAGCUUGUGCAGAGAGUCGCCUCCGUGAUGCAGGAGUACACACAGUCAGGGGGUGUACGGCCUUUUGGAGUGUCAUUACUCAUUGCUGGAUGGGAUGAGGACCACCCAUACUUGUUCCAAUCAGAUCCAUCGGGUGCAUAUUUUGCUUGGAAGGCCACUGCAAUGGGAAAGAACUAUGUAAAUGGAAAAACAUUCCUUGAAAAAAGGUACAAUAAUGAUCUGGAAUUGGAAGAUGCUAUUCACACAGCCAUCUUAACACUCAAGGAGAGCUUUGAGGGUCAAAUGACUGAAGAAAACAUUGAAGUGGGAAUCUGCAAUGAGGCUGGCUUCAAAAGACUCACUCCUGCAGAAGUUAAGGACUAUCUGGCAGCCAUUGCAUAAUUAUACCAUUCAGUGACAGUACCAUAUUUUUAAUGGCACUUAAGCCAAUGUGGAAAUGACACAUUGUAGUAAAAGAAUAACUCACUAUUUGAACCACUACUGUGUCAUGUAGUUGUUUGGUUUCUGUGCAGCAGGAGAAAAUGAAAAUGUUUGGCCCUCAAAUUUUCCACUAAAUAUAUAUAUAUA